AUGCUACUGAAAGAUUACAAUCUGGUUAUUGAUUAUCAUCCGGGAAAGGCUAAUGUAGUUGCAGAUGCACUCAAUCGAAAGUCAUCAUUGUUUGCACUUCGAGCGUUAAACGCUCAUUUAGUUCUAAAUGAAGAUGGUUAUGUAUUAGCAGAGUUGAGAACGAAACCCAUGUUUCUUCAACGAAUUCGAGAAUUGAAAAAUGAAUAUCUGAAGUUGGUGUUGAAACGACAGAUGGUUCAGAAUAAUUUGAGUUCAGAGUAUAGUGUUGAUGAUAGUGGUACAUUGCGUUAUCGUAACAGAAUUUGCGUUCCGAGUAAUUUAGAUUUGAAAAAUGAUAUUCUUUCUGAAGCUCAUAGUAGUACAUAUUCUAUUCAUCUAGGUAGCACGAAGAUGUAUUGCGACUUGAAAUAG